AUGAAGCUCACUAUCUUCUUCCCGCUGGCUGCUUUCCUGUCAUUGACCAUCGCUGGUCCUUCGGAUGAUGCCAGUCCCUGCCUUAAUCGCUGCCUCAGCGAAGCCUCUGUUGUGGCAGGAUGUGUCUCCUCUGUUGAUUACGAGUGCACUUGCCCAAGCGAAGCGUUCAAGGACGCACUCGGUACCUGUUUGAAGGAUUCUUGUACCUCGGAUGACUUGACAGCUGCCGGAGAAUUGCACAAGGAACGUUGUGGUGGGGACCCACCCCAGUAA